CUUGGUUUUGCACGGCCCAGAUCUUGAUGACGGCUGUGACUGAAGCUGCGCUCAUCGAGCUCAUCGCGUGUGCGAUUCCGUCCGGCGUGGACCUCGUCGCGUACCUGCGCGCGUGGCCAUCGGCCUACCUCACGAACUCGCUUCAGCAUCUUCUCCAGCUCGUCGCGCUUGUGCCCUUGCGCCACCUCUGGCCGCGCCUGCGCCUGCCGCGCGACAUGCUUCGGAAUGCUCGCGUCUUGCAGCACGUGCACUUGGCGAUUGCGCUGUACCCGAGCCUCGAAGUGGACUAUGUCUACGAGAGCACCUUCUUGGCGCGACCACAGACGCGUCUGCGCCUGCGCGGGAUGACGAGCCCAACCGAGUUUGCCUUUGCGGCGGCGCAGUGGGGGCCUCGCAUCACGUCCCUCGCGCUCCACGUGCAUGGCCAAAAGGCCUUCUCGGCAACGACCCGCGCCUGGACCGCUAGUGAUGUCGCACACCUCGUCGUGGUCCUGCCUACGUUGACGUCGCUGCAGGAACUCGACGUAACAUGGUCAGCGACAAUUCCGAACGCCGAUCACAUGCUGAUGUCGCUGCGCAUGCCGUCGCUGCGCCGCGUGCGUCUAACGUUUCAAGGCACGGCCGUGUGGACUGCGACGACAUUGGCGGCCCUCGCUGCGUGGCUACACACGGCGUCGUCGCUCACCGAGCUCUCGCUCCGACACGUCGCGUGGGCUGUGCCAGAUGCCGGACGGCACUUGGCGACCAUGCUUCGAACGUCGUCGACGAACUAUCUCUCGGUGACGAUUGAUGGGGAUGCAAGCGUCCGCGUCGACGGCAGCUACGCGUUUCAGUUGCAAAUGACGUCGACGCAAGCCACCGAGACGCGCUUUCUCGUGGCGUCGCGUGACGGCAACCGUCCCGACGACGUGGUUGCGACGCUGGUCCCGACGAGGCAAGAAAGGACGGUCCAUGGCCUUACGCAGUGUGAUUGGACCGUCUAUGACGUGGCACUACCAGCGUCGUCGGUUUCGCGCGUUUCGCAGUUGCAGCUCGCGUGUCUGCAUGCAUUGACGAUCUCGACGGACGCCAUGCUUGGUGACGCUGGUACGAUCGCUCUGGCGUCGGCGAUGGCGGCAUCCCGCCCGCGCUUCCUUCGCGACCUCUGUCUUGACGACCAAGGCAUUGGCAACGACGGCGCACGGGCGCUCGCCGUCGCUUUGAAACAUCUUCCGUCGCUCGAUAUGCUUCGCAUGGCGAGCAAUCAAAUGCGUGGAUCGUCUGGCGUCGUUGCGCUCGUCGACACAUGGCCACCGCGUCUCCGGCUCUUGGAUCUAUCGAAAAACCCGCUGGGGGCCAAAGGUGCCCGCGCGCUCUUGUCUGCGCUCGCAGCGCUCGAGCUACCGGCACCCAUCGUUGUGCGUGCGACGAAUCUGCAGUGCAGUCCGCUCGAGAGUGCGACGUUGGUCGCGGCGAGCCGUCGGCUACCGCCGUUCCGGACGUGUUGUUUCGAGUCGUCAGCAUAA